UCGCCAUCACGUGUUGAUACCUCUCUCUCUUGCCUUGAUCAGCCCGGGUUCCUUUUCUGAAUACCUUCAUACCUUCUUUUUGCCCAACUGCCGUCUUCAGCCUCGUCGCUCUAUCGGCAAAACCCUCUAUUGGGGCAUAUAAUACUUGGCCUCCCGCGCAUCGGCCAUCACAGCCAUCAGACACCCCCCCAGCAAGGUCGAUCUUGGUCGCAGCCACAGCUGACAGGACAAGACAAGACGGGAACACGGGCCAGCUUUGGCCUGGUCUGGUACGGCAUCGAGGCCGUCUCUGUAUAUAUCCGCCUCCCCAGCCCGCGGUCAGCGCUCGCAAGGCUCCAAUAGAGAGGGCUCAACACAUCAUGGAGACCAUUGCUGUCGAGCAUCAGUAUUCGCGGACGCCUCCGAGGCUGUCCACCGAGACCAGCAUGGCCUCUCUUUCGUCUCGAGAUCUGUCAGAGAAGCGGGAGCUGCCUCACCACCCGAUGCUCAGCACGGCCGCGCUGCUGAAUCCCAUCAUCGAAAAGACGCCGCCGCCGGUUGUUGCUGAGCCCGUGCCACUGCAUUUGCAUUCUCAGCCUCAGCCUCCCCAGUCGCUGCACUCGCAAUCAACCUCGCACUCGCUGUCGCGCUCUCCAGUUGAUAUGGCGCCUUCAGCUUCGACGACGCCUCCGCGAGAAUCCAUUGACAGAUCGGUCACGAAUGGCUCUGCAAAUCCAAUAAGACGCACACAACUCCGCACACCCCCAGCGGCAGGAACAAGUCCAGAAGCAAUCCAGAGGCCACGCAAACCGGAAGACCUGGCUGCGAUUCACCGUCCUCCUAUCACCGCAGUGGGGUUUUUUGCCUGCCAGUGCCCGAACUUCUUCUCGUCCUGGACUGCUUCUUGUGCCUCGUGCUUCCGUCAUGUCUUGCCCGCGGCCCAGCUGCUGGCAAACUCGGUCGCCAUGGCCACUGCUUCCAUGGCUUCCUCCUCCUCCUCUUCUUCUUCUUCCUCUUCCCCUCAUCUACCUCUCUGCCAAAAGCCACGCAUAACGCACAGUCUCUCUUUACCGGCACGUCCAGCAGAGCGGAUCAGCCGUUUUGUUCGCAUCGGAGACUUACAACACACACCAUCUCCUCUACCGACAAUCCCCCGUCUCCCUUGCUUCGCGGUUGGCCAUCAGUGUGAGACUCAAUACCCAUGGGCAACUCAUCCGUCACAGUCCCUUGCAGUCUUCGCCAAAGGUGAGCUGAGUGUGUCGGGCCACUGA